CCCUGCGUUUAAACCGAGCGCGAGGAGGAUAUGAGUGUUUAUUUUUUGGUUUGAAUAACGCUGCCGUUAUUAAAACAGCCGUUAGCUAACGGAGGAAAGCAGCCGGUGUUGUACCGAUAUCCGCUCCGUCAGUUCUCCUCAGGGUUCAGGCGAAGUCAGACCACAGUCCCGUCCGCCUCUCCGCACUUUCUUCCCCUGUGUCUCACCUGCUCUCGCCGCGGUCAGGAGAGGAGCGGUGGCCGGUUAUGGAUCAGGACAAGUACUUGCCGGAGCUGAUGGCCGAGAAGGAAACGCUGGACACGACCUUUGUUCACGCUAUGCGCCUUCUGGCUGAAGAAAUUGAAAAAUACGAAGGGGACGAGCUGAGGAAAGAUGGCGAGGUGAAGAAGUACCUGGAUGUCAUCAGCAACAAAAACAUCAAGCUGUCAGAGAGAGUGCUUAUUCCAGUGCAGCAGUACCCCAAGUUUAAUUUUGUUGGGAAACUGCUGGGGCCCCGGGGCAAUUCCAUGAAAAGAUUACAAGAGGAAACAGGAGCAAAGAUGUCCAUCCUUGGCAAAGGCUCAAUGAGGGAUAAAGGCAAGGAAGAAGAGCUGAGGAAAAGCGGGGAGGCGAAAUACGCCCAUUUGAGCAACGAUCUCCAUGUUUUAAUUGAAGUCUUUGCACCACCUGGAGAGGCCUAUUCCCGCAUGAGCCAUGCCUUGGAGGAGAUUAAGAAAUUCCUGGUUCCUGACUACAACGAUGAGAUCAGGCAAGAGCAGCUCCGAGAGCUCUCCUACUUGAACGGCUCUGAUGACCCGAGCCGAGCGAGAAGCGUGCGAGGACGUGGCAUACGGAUCACCUCCACAGCCACCACACGGGGUCGUGGUGGAACGGUGCCGCCUCCUCCCCCUGGCCGUGGAGCUGCAGCCGCCAGGGGAACUGCGGGUACACGCACUACUGUACCCACCACCAUGCUGUCCAGAGGGGUGACAGCCUCCCGCACCAGGGGAACACCAGGGACCCCUGGAUACAGGGCUCCUCUUCUCCAAGCGACACACGAAAACUACGAUGACUAUGCCUACGAUGACGGAUAUGAUGGGGAAUAUGACGAUCAGAGUUACGAAGGCUACGACGACAACUACAACAACCAGUCCAAAAGCGUUUCAGAAUAUUAUGAAUAUGGACAUGGGACCAAUGAUGAUAACAAUUACGCUGAAGAGGAAUGGACUCAGCCUCGGCCAAGCCUCAAAGCUCCAACAGCAAGACUUACACGAGGGGGCUACAGAGAACACCCCUAUGGUAGAUAUUGAAGGUGCUCUAAAUCAGUGACCUCCCCUCACUGGCAACAUUACUUAAUAAUUUAAAAAGAAAAGAAAAGAAAAGAAAUCAUGUAUUAGGUCCAAAUCUAACCACCCCCAACCAAGGAACAAUCUGCUUACAGUAAAUGGUCCCUUCUCUGUUUUAAUAGGAUACAUCUAAGAAUCAGUUGAAAUGUAGAUCUGAUGAGGAUCCUGCAUUCAUGAAAUACCUGGAAAUCAUUGGAAUGAUGUUUCUCUUAGUUGUCUAUUGUUUGCUCCCCUGAAAUGAAAGCAUGGAGAUGCCUACAAAAUGAUGCUUCCUUGUUUUUGGCUGCCAUUUCACCAAGUCGAAAAAAUUGCUACCCUUAAGUAUUAGACUCCCAUAUUGUACAUAACAUCUUUCUUAAUAUUUCUUGAUUUGAUGACGGUAAAUAAUGAGUUUGUAUAUUUGAUUUUGAUAUCAGUAUUGGGAUUGAAAGCAAUCAGAUAUGUAUGUAGCUACCUACAAGUGCUCUGCUUUGUGUGUAGCCUGUAUUUGUACAUAAAUAUGUAAUAAAAAGAACAUAAAGCA